GAGUGAAACAAUUCUUAAAUCAAAACAAAUCAAGCAUUUUCCUAGAGGAUUUCCCCAAAAAACCCGGAAAAUUUGUAAUUAAUUAGAAUGAUUAACAUGUUAAAUGGUGGAAAAAGGUUGCUGAACAUUCUAUCAAGACAGAGUGGGGUGAAAUUCUCCACACAACCUCUCCCAAAGAGCAAACACAAAUUGAAGGGAGUUGUGGGUCUGGAAAUUCAUGCCCAGAUCGCAACGAAGUCGAAACUCUUCUCAGGAGCCCCCGUGGAGUUUGCAGCAGCCGUCAAUGGGAAUGUUUCGCUGUUUGAUGCAGCAAUUCCGGGAACACUUCCUGUGCUGAAUGAGGGCUGUGUCCGGGCGGGAGUUGCAACAGCCCUUGCGCUGCAGUGCACCAUCAAUCGGGUUUCAAUGUUUGACAGGAAGCACUAUUUCUAUGCUGAUUUACCAGCUGGAUACCAAAUAACCCAACAGAGAGCCCCAUUGGCACAAAAUGGGGAACUUUCCUUCCCUGUCUUUGUGCCGGGUGUGUCAAAGAAGCCCUACAGGAAGACAGUGAGGCUGCAUCAGCUACAGCUGGAGCAGGAUAGUGGUAAAUCCUUGCAUGACACCGUGGCAGGGAGGAGUUUAGUUGAUCUCAAUCGUGCUGGAGCUCCAUUGAUGGAGCUUGUCUUUGAACCGGAUCUCACGGAUGGCGAAGAAGCUGCUGCUCUUGUGAAUGAACUCAUCCUCAUUCUCACACGUCUGGGAACGUGCUCGUGCCGGAUGGAAGAAGGAGCUCUCAGGGUGGAUGCGAAUGUGUCUGUGCACGAGGAGGGUGCUCCUCUGGGGACGAGAACAGAGAUUAAGAAUAUUGGAUCCGUGCGAGGAGUUGCAAAUGCAGUUGGCUUUGAAAUUGAACGACAAAUUGAGAUUCUGCAAAGGGGUGGGAGGAUUCACAAUGAAACCCGUUCCUGGGAUGCUACCACCAAGUCAACGGUCAGCAUGAGGGACAAGGAAGUUCUGCAGGAUUAUCGUUUUAUGCCAGAACCCAAUUUACCACCACUCCGGCUAACUUCUGCUCACCUCCGGCAGACACUUCCGGAACUACCGGAAGAGACACGACAGAAACUCACCAGGGACUAUGUCCUACCGCUAGAGACGGCAAUUAUUCUUGUGAACAAAGACAUUCUUCUGAGGCUCUUCCAUGAGAUUUCUCAACUGCGUCCCCAACUUCCUGUCAAAUUAAUCACAAAUUUCCUAAUUAAUCAACUAAUAAUGAUUUUCAACAAAAAUAAGAAGCCCAUUGAGGAAUGUGAAAUUCCCGCCAAAUCUCUUGGAGAUUUAAUUCAAAUGCUAAAUGAUAGGGAAAUUAAUCAUCGGAUAAGUCUCCUGAUUGUUCAGGAACUCCUUGAGAAUCCCACGGAAUCCCCUUAUGGCAUUGUAGAAGCAAAAAAUUGGAAGCAAAUUACGGACGAGAAGGCAAUUGAGGAGCUCUGUCGGGACGUUUUAGAAGCCAAUCCGAAGCUUGUGGAAGUCUAUCGUGGUGGGAAGACAAAGGUUUUCCAGGCAAUUGUCAAGGAAGUAGCCCAGAAGUGUGAGAAUAGAGCUAAUAUGGGUGUUGUGGUGGAGAAAUUGAAGAAAAUGCUCCAAUAAAAUGACCGUUGAUGUUCAAAAA